ACUAGAGGCCGCUGUGACACACGCCGACUCUUUUCCUGGCAACGAGCGGGAUGUUGUCAAACGUUGCUAGGGAAGUUGUGCUAAAUUAGCCGCUCUGGAGCCCAAAUCGUCUCCAACUGCCAACUCAGUUUCAACACGACAACGCAGAAAUAAGCGAUGACAGCCGACUUAGUUCCAGUUAUGAGGACACAAUGACUGAAAGUGAAGAUGACAGCAGGCUCGGCGACUCUCCGGCUGAAGGAGCUUCAGCUGUCAAAAACAGCAGGCCGCUGCAGACUUUGUUAGCGGACACCAAAGCCAGCCGUCAGGUGGUGAAACUCCAGCAUGGUGGACAAAGUCCCCUCCAACCUCACCCACCGUCGCUCCCGAAACUCUCACAAGGCCGGAAGAGCUGCUCAAUGGAGGAGACGGUGCGAUCCAGGAGGCUGAAAAACAGUCAGGAGAGUUUGAGCGACCCGGUGGAGACGAGCUCUUCCUCGGAUUCUCUCAAAGAUGACCGAGCUGAUCUGCUCUCUUCAGCUAGUUUUCUUCUUCAUGGCGUUAAAAGCAAUCCAUGCUCUAAAGCGCCGGGCUUCAGGGACAGGGGAAGCAGCCUCUCUGACCAUGAGCGAAGGCCCCACAGCCCUUUAGAUGACCACCGAGGAAGGCUGGCCAAGGUGCGACUGUCUCCGCUGCAACCCAGCGGGCCGCUCCCGGCUCUGGAGAAGAACUUGGUGUCAGCCUCUUUAAGAUCGACUAACAGGAUUGACAGGGAUUGUUUGGAUUAUUGCGUGUCGGCCAGAGAAAAUCCUCCCGGGCUGCACCGCAACUUGAGCGACAGUCGGCUGCUGGACAACAUGGGCUCUGGUAGAGCGUCGGUCAACUCCAUGAGGUCCAACUACAGCGUGCUGAACCCCAUCAGACCCCAGGAUGUGAGAAACAGGAGCUUUCUGGAGGGUAGUGUGCUGGGAAGCGGAGCUCUGCUUGGACCUGAUGAACUGGACCGCUACUUCCCCGACCGGCGAUUGGGUGUUUACAUAGCCACGUGGAACAUGCAGGGGGAGAAGGGUCUUCCCACGAACUUAGAUGACCUUCUUCUUCCGACCGACUCGGAAUUUGCACAAGACUUUUAUAUAGUUGGGGUCCAGGAGGGCUGUCCUGACAGGAGAGAGUGGGAAACACGACUGCAGGAGACUCUGGGUCCAUACUACGUCAUGAUUUAUGCGGCUGCACACGGUGUUUUGUACCUGACCGUUUUUGUCAGAAGAGACCUCAUCUGGUUCUGCUCAGAGGUGGAACACGCCACGGUCACGACUCGAAUCAUCUCACAGAUCAAGACCAAAGGAGCGGUGGGAGUGGGCUUCACCUUCUUCGGCACCUCCUUCCUCUUCAUCACAUCACAUUUCACCUCUGGAGACGCCAAAGUCUACGAGCGAAUUCUGGACUACAAUAAAAUUAUUGAAGCGCUGGCACUUCCCAAAAGUCUCCCUGACACAAAUCCGUACCGUUCAUCGGCAUCUGACGUCACCACCAGGUACGACCAGGUUUUCUGGUUCGGCGAUUUCAACUUCCGCCUGAGCAAAGACCGUGCUGAUGUGGAGGCCAUCAUGAACCAGACAGCAGGGGACGACACGACGCCUCUGCUGGAGCUGGAUCAGCUAUCCAGCGAGAUGAAAGACGGUUCGGUCUUCAAAGGUUUUCAGGAAGCACAAAUUCACUUCCGACCGACUUACAAGUUUGAUAUCGGUUGUGAUGUUUACGACACAACCUCGAAACAGAGGACGCCGUCGUACACGGAUCGAAUCCUGUUCAGAAGCCGACAGGUGGACGACAUCAAGGUGGUCAAGUACAGCAGCUGCUCGAGCAUCAAGACCUCAGACCACCGCCCAGUUAUCGGGGUCUUCCAGGUGAAACUGAGGCCCGGCCGAGACAACAUCCCCCUGGGCGCUGGUCAGUUCGACCGCACUCUGUACCUGGAGGGCAUCAGGAGGAGGAUCAGCAGGGAGCUGAAGCGGCGUGAGGCCAUGAAGAACCAAAGCAGCAGCACCAUCUGCACCAUCUCCUGACCCCACUUUCCAGAAACGUGCCAUAAACCAGGAGAAGAAAGAUGACCAAAGAACUGGUGUACGUUUAACUUUGAGACCACGUUGGACUUGUACCUUAACCCCUUGUUGUCCUUGUUUUUUUUACAGAUGUUUCUUACAGUGUUACCAUGUUUUAACUGUUAAUUAUCAUUGUGGUCAACACUUACUUGGCAGCUUUUGUGCUAAAUACGUGGAGGAAGGUUGUGUUAUUUCUUGCUUUUAAAAAGAAACUCACUUUUUAAUGUGCAGUUUACUCUCGCAGCCAAGGUCUUAUGCAUAAAGCCUUAACAGCACUGGAAACCAAUGACAUACUCAGUCAGUCUCAGUCCGUGCAGCAUUCCUUUUAAAUUGACCAGAAUAAUUUCACUUAUUUGCUUGAGGUAAAUAACAAUGGUUUUGCAUUGUGGUUUGCAAAACUAUAAAACAAAUUCAUAUCAUCACACCUCCACCUUUCGAAGGGACGUUAACAUUUGACUUGUUCAAAGGUUGCUGUUCAUAUUUUCUGGUGAUACACUAUUAGAUCUUGUAUAAGUUAUUUUACAUGGCAGUGGAGGCUAAAAAGCAGUCAGUUGAAGCACCAUCACGGAAAUGAUCACGUACAAGUUAACUCAACCUGUUCACAUGAGCUCACAGAAAUAAAGUGAUUAAUAUCAGGCAGGUGGGCAUGUCACAACUGACUAGAUGGAGAGGAAAGUCCUUCUCGUCUCCUCUUCUGAGAAUGCUCCAUGCACAUUAUGAGUGGCAGCUUCUCCAAAAAAGUGCCUGUUUCACAUUCCACCGCCAACGU